AUGGCUGCUGCUGCUUCUGAUCUAAUGUCAUACAAGUCGGGGAGGCUUAGGGCAAAGGAUUCCUCAUCCUCCUUUCUUCAUCGAACAGUGAAUACGCAGAUCUUAAAUCAUCUGGAUGACCGCUGUAGAGUUCACAAUGAAGGGAUUACUUUCUGCCAGGAUGUGCUAAGACGUAAAAAUCUUGAUUUUGAACCUCUAUUCAGGAACAAUAUCUCCCAACCAAUUCAUGGCGUGGAUCUUGUGGUCACAGUCGGAGGAGAUGGAACUCUUUUGCAAGCUAGCCACUUACUUGAUAAUUCCAUUCCAAUUCUUGGAGUCAAUUCAGACCCUACGCAACCUCAAGAAGUCGACGAGGUAUGCGAUGAAUUUGAUGCAACAAGAAGCACUGGUUACCUCUGUGCUGCCACCGUGGCAAAUUUUGAGCAGAUUUUAGAAGAAGUUCUUGAAGGAAAGAAUAAACCCUGGGAGCUAGCAAGGAUCUCAGCAAAGCUAAAUGAUAAGCCAUUGCCAGCAUUUGCUCUAAAUGAUGUCUUGAUCUCCCAUCCCUGCCCGGCGACCGUGUCGCGAUUCUCCUUUCGAGUCAAACAUGAUGAUCAGAAGUGGUCUUCUUUGGUCAAUUGUCGAUCGAGCGGGCUUCGCAUAUGCACUGCUGCUGGAUCAACUGCAGCCAUGCUAUCAGCUGGAGGAUUUACUAUGCCAAUCUCCAGUAGUGACCUCCAAUUCAUGGCAUGGGGAUAUUGUUGAGAUAUCAGCAAAUGCCCCUCAUUUGAAGGUUCAUUUGCCUCACUCUCUUAUAAGAUGAUAUUAAAAUGAUUUCUCUCUCUGUCCCCUAUACCUCUUUGUCCAGCGAUGUGUUUUCGCGCCGAAGGGGUCCUCAUUACUUAUAGUGUAAUAUUCUAGGAAUCAACAAUAAGGCCUUAGGGCAUCUCCAAUCGAAAAUCUCAUUUUUCACUCCAAAA